AUGCAAAAGCUGCAUUGCAAUUUCUUCUUUCUUGCUUGCUUUGUUUUCUCUGCUACUCUGGCUCAUUCAUGGAGCCAAAACAGGGAAUUCAACCAGGCCAAGAACUAUGAGGGGUCUUCUGAUCUGGUGGAUCUUCAGUACCACAUGGGUCCUGUCCUUACUUCUCCCAUCAACCUUUACAUAAUUUGGUAUGGCAAAUGGAACCCAGCACACCAAUCCACAAUUAGAGAUUUCAUCUACUCUCUUUCUUCUCCUGCCCCUUACCCUGCUGUUGCUGAUUGGUGGAGCACUGUGAGGCUCUACACUGAUCAAACUGGAUCAAACAUCACCAGAAGCAUUGCUCUCUCUGGAGAGUUCUAUGACUCUGCCUACUCCCAUGGCAACUAUCUCAGCCGUUUAUCAAUGCAAUCCAUCAUAAAAUAUGCUGUCACUUCACCAUAUCCAAGAGCUUUACCUCUCAAUCCUCACAAUGGUCUCUACUUAGUUCUGUCCUCUCCUGAUGUUAGAGUUCAAGAUUUCUGCAGGGCAGUUUGUGGUUUUCACUACUUCACAUUUCCAACCAUUGUUGGUGUCACUGUUCCUUAUGCUUGGGUUGGCAAUAGUGGCACUCAGUGUCCAGGGGUGUGUGCUUACCCUUUUGCCUGGCCUAAGUAUUCAGGCAAGCCACCGCCAAGCACAAAUGCCGGCAACAACAUUAUGCGUGCACCGAAUGGGGAUGCCGGUGCUGACGGGAUGAUCAGCGUGCUAGCUCAUGAGCUAGCAGAGGUUUCAAGUAACCCACUUGUGAAUGCAUGGUAUGCAGGUGAUGACCCAACUGCACCAACAGAAAUUGCAGAUUUGUGUAUGGGUGUUUACGGGACUGGCGGGGGUGGAGGGUAUGUUGGUGUAGUGUCAAAGGACAAAUGGGGAAAUGGGUUUAAUGUGAAUGGGGUGAAAGGAAGGAAGUUCUUGGUGCAAUGGGUAUGGAACCCUGUGAAAAGAAGAUGCUUUGGUCCCAAUGCCAUGGACUAG